AAUCAGAUUGACAAUCAGAUCAGAUCCUUUGCAUAUCUUUACCCUUUAAGACAAUUUCACUACCGGGCAAGGGCAGUCGUUUUGCUUUUGAAACACAGAUGACUUUACAAGGAUUGUAAAAAGUUGAAAACAUUGCAAAUUAACCUCUUAAGCACUAUCAUCAAAUAAGAAAAGACUCGAAAGUGAGAUAUUACUUGUGGCCAGGCAGCUUGUGGGAUAUCAUUUAGUAGAACAGGAUAACACGUUCUCGGUUUAUUCUUGAUCUGCUAUUUUUAGAGAAAUUUGACAAAUUAGAAGUUAGCCUUUGUUUACUGCCGUCUUUCAAGUUAACGAUACAUCCACCUUACAUAACUGGUGCGGCAGAUGUCCAUUUUUCGUAGCGAGUAUCUGCCCUACUUGAGAAUGUUGUAGUCGUUAAUCAAUGCACAUGUGCCGGCAUGUGCUUGCUUUUUGCGCAAUUAUUUUUCCUCUGCAGGUUGCUUCAUUGUGUUACCAAGCACCUUUGGUAGUAAUUCAUGUUGGCAUGUUUUAUAAAGGGUUCAUCGCCAAAGCGCCACUUCGUUUAGGUUUUGACACGAGGAGGUUCCUUAAGUAUUCAGGAUUGUAUCGAAAGAUAUACAGAAUACUGGCUGUUAAAGUUGUGGGUUAAAACUUUAAAGAUACGUUGUAGUUGCUGCAUUGUGCUUUUUUGAUAUUGUAUCUACCAUACAAUAUUGUAACUUUGUAGCUAAAAUCAAUUUUGUAACUAAAAACUGGACAACUGGAAGAGAGCGUAAGCACAGAGGCUGUCAAAGAGAUACAGUCGAAACAGGGGCUGCGAAGAAAAACACGAAGAACUUUUAAACAAGCAAAGUCAGAGACUAAUAAAUAAAAUCAUCACAGAAUCUUAAUACGCUGAUACGAAAAUAUACUGAUGAAAUGGGGUGUGAUUCCAAAAGUGAUUCUGCGAAUUCAAUCGAUCGAGGGAUUUUGAUAGUAUACUUUGUUAUCUUAAUUGUGUGCGGGAGUUAUGGAAACCUCUGUGUUAUUUAUGGCAUCGUUUUCUCGAAAGCAAAUCGCACGCGACCUUCCAAUGUGUUCAAUCUGGGCUUAGCGUUUUGUGACCUUCUCACUUGCUUGUUUGUGGGAAGCUUUGAGCUCUCCAGUUUGUUAAAAGAUGGGCACUUAGAUGGUGAUGCUGUAUCUACUUGCAAAGGAGCCCUUUUCAUAACAUACUAUUUGCAGGGUGUCUCCAUUCUGUCUCUUGCCAGCAUCUGCGUUGACAGAUAUAUAGCUUUGCGAUUUCCUUACAAGUACAGUGCCUCCGUGACAACAAUUGUUGCCUCCAGUGCCGUAGCUAUUCUUUGGGCUGAAAGUUUUGUUGCCUUUCUACCUAUAGCAUUAAUUAAUGGCUGGGCCUCUUACGAAAACAUGACGGGCAUUGCUUGCGGUGUCGUUUGGAAAAACCUUCAUAGCGGAUACGUUUUCUUCAUUGGUUUUUUCAACAUGUUCCUUCCAGCAAUAGCCGUCAUUGUCAGCAACUGCAUAGUAUUUUCUAUUGCCCGAAAACAUAAUAGAAAGCUGUUUAGAUUAAAGUUACAGUUUUACUCAAACCCCUCUAAUCUAACUGAGAUCGACGAAAAAAAGGGAGAUAUAAAUGGUACCAGAAUAACUACAGGAGAUCGCAAGAUGUUAGUAGAAACGUUCGUGUCAGAAAAAUCAAACGUUCUUGAAAAUGAGAGGAUAUGCCUUGAGGUUGAAGGUCAGGAAGCAGAUGUUUCAUGUGUUUUGGAUGACAAGUCAGUGUCACUGGAAAAGUCACUCCAAGCAGACACCAGCGAUCGUGUUCCAGUCAAUGAUAAUUAUCACCUAAAAAAGCGCAGCAAUCAAGUGCUCCCCUAUCACCUAGUACCAAAACCUAACACGUUUAGCCGGUCUUUGUCUCCAUUAAAGGUCAACUUUACACAUUCUUUGGAAAGUAUAGGAGAGGAGGAAGAGGGUGCCUGUCAAGAGCAUUUCGCAGAAAUUCGUGAAAAAGGUUCUAUUGAAGUACAAUGUUGCACACAAAAUACAUCAGAAGGAUGUGCUGGAAAUAGACAUGAACACAAUCCUUGCUUUAGGAACAAAAUUUUUUCAAUCCAGCCUGCUGCUAAUUGGAUAAAUUCCAAACUAAAGGUACGACCAAGUGUAUCAAAAAAGCAAAUGGAUUCAAGUUUCAACAAUGUGGGCAGCGAUGUCUUCACUACACCCAAAAGACCUAAGAUGGCCAAACGUCAAUCGCCACGUGGACCUAGUGAAUGGAAGAUUGCCUCAUCCACUCUGCUUAUUGCUUUUUGUUUUUUGAUUGCCUACUUUCCUUGGGUCGUUGCCCGCCUCGUUUUGUUGUUCACGAAGCCCUGUUACAAAGCUAUUGUGUAUACGACCUCUUUUGCGCUAUCGAGUGGUCUUUGGAAUCCUUUUAUUAUUCUCUUCACGAGAUUUGAAAUUCGAAACGUGGCGAAAAAGCGAAGGAUAUUUUUCUGAUUCUUGGUUGAUAAAGACAAGAUUGACUUUCAAUUCUGAAAGACGGUGCUGAAUAAUUGCAAAUUUACCUACAAAUGCGUCUGGUGAUAUAAGAUUGAAUCCAUUGCAUCAAGAGGAAGGAAGCUUCCACCAAUAAACUAAUUGUUUUUGGCUUCGUAAUGAACUGCAAUUAUAGAUAUUUAAUUGGAAUCAAUUUUCUGUUGGUUGUUUCAAUGUUUUUUAUCUUGUUUUUAUUUCUAUACCUUAUCUAGGGUAUCAAUGUUUUUCCGUAUAUCGAUGACGUGAACCCGUUAGUAAACAGGUUUGAAGUAUCCAGAUAGUGAUUUUGCGACUUUAUACGCUGAAGCUGUUAGAAAAUGGUGUAGUGAAUUGCUUUACUGAAAUUGCUUUACUGAACAAAAGUAGAAAAUAGGCACGUUCAUUUGUGUAUAUUUGCUUCGAAUGUUUUUGCCACAAAAAAUUUCUUUGUAUAUACAUUCUUUGCAUUCAC